CUUUCAAUUCAAUUUCAAUUUAUCCAAUUCAUCCAUCACCAAAAUUCGCCAUAUCACACCACACCACAUCACAUCACAUCGCGACUUUACCUAACUUAAUCGUUAGACUAGGCUGCGAACCAUCGGGAGGCCUGAAGCAGUAUGUCCAUACUUGAUUAUUUCAAUUACUUCAAUCAUUGGACGCUCGCAGCGCUAGGACUUGGAAUAGCGCUUCUGGUGCCCGGAAUCAUGGCGUUCUUUGGGUUUGGGGGAAACAAGUUUCAGGUUAAGGGGAAGGUAUGAUUGUUCUUCUGUGGAUUGCUUAUUUUUCGACUUAUCUCUUCCCUUCUCUUUCCUCAUCUACCGCUUCUUUCUCUUUCUAUUCCUUUUGAAAUUGCUAGGAUAGGUGAAGGGAAUAUAUGAUUACGUGCUAAUUUAUUAUGAUGGUAGACUGUCCUUCUAACCGGCGCUUCAGAGGGAAUGGGGAAGAGUGUUGCGGUUCAGUUGGCGCAGAAGGGGGCGAAUGUUAUUAUUGUGGCGAGGAAUGUGGGAAAGUUGGAGAGGGCUUUGCGGGAGAUUGAGGUGAGUUUUUUGGGCGUGUGUUUUCUUUCUUUUUUUUGGAAGGGGGAGAGGACGGGAGAAGGUGAGAGAGGAAAGAAAGGGGAAUCAGAUUGGACAUUGGAUGGCGUGGAUGUGCGAGAACUGUAGAUGGUGGCGCGAUUGGAGACGAGGAAAUAGGGAGAGAAUUUGAAAAACAGACGAGGUUAAGCAAUUAAUGGAGGGGGAAGUGGAUUGAGCAGGAGAAAAUGGAUGAAUGGGCGAUUGGGAACGGGGAAUACUUUAUGUUUGCCAAAGUUUUGAUGAGCCCAACUAACAUUCACAGGCCGCAGCUUCCUCCCCCUCAGCUCAAUUCUUCCACUACAUCUCUGCCGACGUUUCUAUUCCAAGCGAAGCUGCACGUAUACUCGAAGAAGCCAUAGAACUCAAUUCCUCUACACCUCCCGACAUCGUCUGGUGUAUUGCGGGAACAUCUACCCCUGGUUUCUUCCUCGAAACUACUUCUCAAAAACUACGUACACAAAUGGAUAUCAAUUAUUGGUCUUGUGCAGACAUGGCACAUUGUGUUUUGAAAUCCUGGCUCUCUACACCAAACGUGGAAAAGAAAGAAAGGCAUUUAAUUUUCACCAGUAGUGUUGUGGCUUUUUAUUCCAUUGUGGGUUACACAUCAUACUCACCCACCAAAGCAGCCAUCAAGAGUUUAAGCGAUACUUUAUAUCAAGAGGUCCUCAUGUAUCCCAAUCCUCCCCAAAUCCACACAGUUUUCCCCGGCACAAUAGCAAGUCCAGGAUUAGAAAUUGAAAAUCAAGGAAAACCGGAAGUUACACACCUUUUGGAAGAGACAGAUCCAAUACAAACACCAGAUGAAGUCGCGAGUAAUGCGAUUAAGGGACUGGAAAGAGGAGAGUACCUGAUUACAGUAGGUUGGUUGGGAAGCAUGAUGAGAGCUUGUGCUUGGGGUGGAAGUAGGAGGGGAAAUUGGGUUUUGGAUACGUUGAUAACUUGGGGGACGAGUGUGAUUUGGGGAUUUGUGGGCAGUGACUUGGAUGGGAAGGUUAGAAAGUGGGGGGAGACAAAGGGGUUUGCGAGAGGUUGAGUAUUAAGUUGAGAUGGCUAUGCAGUGAUCUUGUGAUGGGUCAACUAACAUAUUUGGAAUUGAGGAAAGCAAUGGUUUCUAAGGAAAGGGCUGUAUGCGACUCGUAUAUUCGGAACCUGGAAAUAAGUCUUUGGGGAGGGGUUGGUCAGGGUAUGGAGUAGUGGAAGUAUGCAUAUGACACUACUGUAGCAUAAAGAUCGAUGAUCGAGGCUAGCAUUGCACUUCAAGCCAAUUCCUCCAAUUUUCUUAUCAAAGUCAUAACAUCCACGAGAUUUUACCGAACGGAGUGACCUUUUAAAACUAUGUGUUUGGUCACGUUGUCAACAUUAGCAUUCGCAAGUGCUGAGUAUAUUGGUAUCGUUUGAUUGUGUACAGGAAUUCAUUCUUCCUCGCAAUUGCUGAGUGGCUAUUCUUA